AUGGCGGGGCUGCGGGCGCUGUGGCUACUGGCGGCACUGGGCGCUGCGGGGGGGCACCCGCAGCCCUGCCGCGUCCCGGGCCCCCCCCCUACCGGCCCCGUUGUGCGCCUCGGGGCGCUGCUGCCGCCCGGUUCCCCCCGCCGAGCCCGGCUCCGCGCAGCGCUGCUCAGAGCCGCCGGUACCGGUAGCAUCGGUGCCGGUGCCGGUGCCAGCCCCGGGGGGACGCCGCUGCCCUGGAACCUGAGCCUGGAGGUGGUAGCGGGCGGCCCGGCCGCGCGGGACCCGCACUCGCUGGUGCGGUGGCUCUGCGGGGCGCUGGCGGGGCGCGGCGUUGCCGCCGUCCUGGCGCUGCCCCGGUCCCGCAGGGAGCUGCUCCUGCUCGACUUCCUCGCCGCCGCCCUGCAGCUCCCCGUGCUCAGCAUCAGGGACACCCGCGGGCUCCUGCCCGGCCCAGCGCAGAGCCCCUUCCACUUCCACGUGGACCGGCAGAGCUCACUGGAGACACUGGUGGACGUGGUGGUGAGCAUCCUGCAGGCCAACGACUGGCAAGAGACCAACCUGGUCCUCUGCCACCCCUGGGACGUCUCCGGCUUCCUCAGCCUCUGGGCCCAUCGCUCCCAGCUCUUGCUCCGCACCAUCCUGGACCUCGGUUACCUGGAUGAGCCCAGAGCAUCCCGUUACCUCCAGCAGCACCGGGAGCACUUCAAGGCCCUCUCCAGCCCGGUGCUGAUGCUGGGCUGCGACCUGCAGCGCGCCCGGCUCAUCUUCCGCACGGCCGAGGAGUCGGGGCUGGUGCCGCAGGAGCUGCGCUGGGUGCUGGGGUCCCCGCUCAGCCCCGGUGAGCUGCACACCGAGGGGCUGCCCAUGGGGCUGCUGGCUUACGGGGAGCUCAACCCGCCGCCGCUGGAGCUCUUCGUGCAGGACGUGGUGGAGCUGGUGGCCCGCGCCGUCGGCAGCGCAUCCCGCACGUGGCCCGGUGCUGCUGUGCUGCACACCACGGGGAACUGCAGCAAUGGGAGCCCGGUGGGCGGCGAGGCCCCGGGGCUCAUCCUGUCCCGGUUCCUGUCCAACGCCUCCUUCCACGGGCACACGGGGCCGGUGCGGGUGCAGAGCUCGGUGCUGGUGCGGCCGGAGCAGCGCUUCCACGUGUGGCGCCUGCAGCGGGACCCACGGGGGACCCCGGCCUGGGGGACGGUGGGGUCGUGGCACCGGGGGAGGCUGGAGCUGGAGGAGGGUGCUCGGCAGAACCAGCGCCACGGCCCCGGUGAAGCAACGGCGGCGGCAGCGGGGAACCGGCGGCGGCUGCGCGUGGUGACGCUGGUGGAGCACCCGUUCGUGUUCACCAGGGAGGUGGAUGAGGAUGAGAGCUGCCCCGUUGGGCAGCUCUGCCUGGACCCCGGCACCAACGACUCGGCUGUGCUGGAUGCCCUCUUUGAGGAGCUGGGUGCCGGCAACGGCUCGGUGCCGCGGGCGUACAAGAAGUGCUGCUACGGGUACUGCAUCGACCUGCUGGAGAAGCUGGCGGAGGACCUGAGCUUUGCCUUUGAGCUCUACAUCGUGGGCGAUGGGAAGUACGGGGCCUGGAAGAACGGGCGCUGGACGGGGCUGGUGGGGGACCUGCUCAGCGGCACGGCCCACAUGGCCGUCACCUCCUUCAGCAUCAACUCAGCGCGGAGCAAAGUCAUCGACUUCACCAGCCCCUUCUUCUCCACCAGCCUGGGCAUCCUGGUGAGGACCAAGGACACGGCGUCGCCCAUCGGGGCCUUCAUGUGGCCUUUGCAUUGGACCAUGUGGGUGGGCAUCUUCGUGGCCCUGCACAUGACAGCCCUCUUCCUCACCCUAUACGAGUGGAAGAGCCCCUAUGGCAUGACCCCGCUCGGGCGCAACCGCAUGAAGAUCUUCUCCUACUCCUCAGCCCUCAACCUCUGCUACGCCAUCCUCUUUGGGCGCACCGUGUCCAGCAAGACCCCCAAGUGCUGCACCGGCCGCUUCCUCAUGAACCUUUGGGCCAUCUUCUGCCUCUUGGUGCUCUCCAGCUACACGGCCAACCUGGCCGCUGUCAUGGUGGGGGACAAGACCUUUGAGGAGCUCUCGGGCAUCCACGACCCAAAGCUGCAUCACCCCUCGCAGGGCUUCUGCUUCGGCACCGUGUGGGAGAGCAGCGCUGAGGAGUACAUCAAGAAGAGCUUCCCGGAGAUGCACGAGCACAUGCGGCGCCACAACGUCCCCAACACCCCCGCCGGCAUCACCAUGCUCAAGACGGAGCCCCCCAAGCUCAACGCCUUCAUCAUGGAUAAGUCGCUGCUGGACUACGAGGUCUCCAUUGACUCCGACUGCAAACUGCUCACCGUGGGGAAGCCCUUCGCCAUUGAAGGCUAUGGCAUCGGCCUCCCACAGAACUCACCGCUCACCUCCAACAUCUCCAAGCUCAUCAGCUGGUACAAGUCCUCCGGCUUCAUCGACCUCCUCCAUGACAAGUGACCCUGCAGAUGGGGAUCUACCACUUCUCCGGGCUCUUCGUGCUGCUCUGCAUCGGGCUCAGCACCUCGCUGCUCACCUCGCUGGGGGAACACGUCUUCUACCGCCUCGUCCUGCCCCGCAUCAAGC